AUGGCACCAGGCAUAUUAGUUGACGACACUAUAAGCCGGAAUGGCCUCGAGCUUGAGGAGACGUCAGAUCACAUUGACGCGGUUAAUGUGCUAAAAGGUCAAAAUCAAGCCAAGUUCGACGAUAAGUCCCAAUUCGAUUCAACCAAAGACAAGACGCAGUUCAGGCAGUAUGAAGAAGCCUGCGACCGCGUUCAAAACUUCUAUCGUGAACAGCAUGAAAAGCAGACGGUGGCGUAUAAUCUAAAAGCACGCAUCACAUUUAAGACACGGCGACGCGAGGAGAUGACGGUGUGGCAAGCAAUCGAGAAGCUCAACACGCUGAUCGAUGAGUCGGACCCGGACACAAGUCUAUCGCAGAUCCAACAUUUACUACAGUCUGCCGAGGCAAUCCGGAGAGACGGCAAGCCACGAUGGAUGCAGGUCACAGGUCUAAUCCAUGAUCUUGGCAAGCUACUCUACUUCUACGGCUCCGAAGGCCAAUGGGACGUCGUUGGCGACACAUUCCCCGUCGGCUGCGCCUUCGAUAACCGCAUCAUAUACCCCGACACAUUCACCGCAAACCCAGACUCUAGAGAUCCCGUCUAUAGCACCAAGUUCGGCAUCUACUCUCCCGGCUGCGGACUAGAUAACGUGAUGCUGUCGUGGGGCCAUGACGAGUAUUUAUACCAUGUGGUCAAGGAGCAGUCAACGCUACCGCCUGAGGCGUUGGCUAUGAUUCGGUAUCAUUCGUUUUAUCCUUGGCAUAAGGAGGGUGCAUACCGCGAGCUGAUGGACGAGCAUGACAAGGAUAUGCUACGUGCCGUGCGGGCGUUCAAUCCGUAUGAUUUAUACAGCAAGAGCGAUAAAGUUCCUGAUGUAGAGGAGCUGAAGCCGUAUUAUUCGGAGCUUAUCGAUGAGUUUUUCCCGCAGAAGGUUGUCAAGUGGUGA